AUGGCGGACAGUCAGUCUCAUCGGUGGCGGAUCACACCGUAUCUGAUCUAUUCAGUCUUCAUUGCGACGCUGGGGCCGCUCCAAUUUGGCUAUCAUCUCGCUGAGCUCAAUGCUCCUCAAGCUGUCAUCAGCUGUGACAUGAAGAAUGUACAUUCGACCGUGGUCAGAGCGAAUGGCUUACCACAGUGCAUCCCCAUGGGACCCUCUCAAUUUGGCCUCGUUUCAUCCAUCUACACGCUUGGUGGCUUGGUGGGAGCUCUGCUGGCAGGUCCCGUGGCCACCAAGUAUGGGCGACGGGUAGCCCUCUUUGCAACCACUGUCUUUUUCAUCACAGGGCCCAUCGCAGAGACGUUGGCACCCGCUGUUCCCGUACUAACCCUGGGCAGGUUCCUUUCCGGCGUGGGAUCAGGCGCGGCAAUUGUUGUUGGCCCUAUCUAUGUAUCAGAAAUUGCACCGCCAGAAUCCAAGGGUCUCUUUGGUGCUUUCACGCAAAUCAUGACCAAUGUCGGCAUCUUGUUGACUCAAACUCUGGGCUACUUCUGGAGUCAUGACAGUCUCUGGAGAUUGAUCCUCGCUGUGGCAGGAAUCAUCGGUGCAAUCCAGUUUCUGGGCCUCUGGGUGGUCUCCGAGACGCCAACCUGGCUCGCCGAGCACCAAUCUGCCAGUCAGGCAUGCCAGGUAUUGCAGCGAAUCCGUGGCAAAGAUGCAGACAUUGAGACAGAGGCUCACGCUUGGGCAGUCGCUAGUGCUCCGGAAGAAGAGUCCCUGCUUGCUCCGUCGGGGGCUUCGGUAACCCCUCAGAAGGAAGCUGUGACAAUUCUGCAGGCCAUCCGUGAUCCAUUCUACCGGCCUGCUAUUAUCGCCGUUGUGGGAGUAAUGAUCGCUCAGCAGUUGACCGGAGUCAAUAGUAUCAUCAUGUAUAGUGUGUCCUUACUGCAGAGUAUUCUUCCGACUGCGGCGGCCUUGCUGAGUGUCCUGAUCUCUGCGAUCAACCUCAUCAUGACGCUGGCUUGCUCUCCUUUGCCCGACCGCAUUGGUCGGAAGACGUGUCUCCUCAUUAGUAUCGCCGGUAUGGGCGGAAGCUCCAUCCUCCUGGCACUCGGCAUCUACUUUGGCCAGCAAGUGGUGUCGGCAAUGGCCGCCUUACUCUUCGUCGCGUCAUUCGCGGUCGGCCUCGGUCCUGUGCCAUUUAUUUUAGCUUCUGAGCUGGUCGGCCCUGAAGCAGUUGGCGCUGCUCAGAGUUGUGCAUUGGCCGCCAACUGGACGGCUACAUUUGUGGUCGCUCAAUUCUUCCCCAUUUUGAACGACGCUCUGGGAGGGCGCGGCAAGAUCUACUGGUUGUUUGCAGGCAUGGCGAUCCUAUUUGGCUUGUUCAUCUACCGCUGGGUUCCCGAGACCAAAGGCAAAGCCAACGCCGACGAAGUUUGGGGCCGAGCAGACCGUCGAGAGGACUGA